AUGCUCCCGCUUCCUGCUGAGCCACAGGAGCCGCCUCUCCUCUCGCGGAUCGUCGGUCUUCCCCCACCGGCGCCACCCCGACGACCGCCUACUACUGUUUUAAUACCGAUUCGACGACCACAACCACCGCCAAAGAAAAAGGGAGAACCCAGCGAGGAAAAGGGUUUUGCUAAGAGAUCGCCGCUAGAGAAAGCCCGACAUCUUGACAAUCUUCCUUCCUAUCAAGCUCAAAAACUUCUUGACGGCUCUCAUCAGCUCCGCAUCGACGCACACCACGUCGGAGCGCCCGGCCACGGAGCCGGUGGAGGUCACGGUCACAAGAAGGAGUUCGGCCCGGCGAUGAUCCUCUACUAUCUCGCCUCCGCCUUUCGCGCCCUUUAUCCGCGUCUCGAUGAUGAUUUUGUCGACAAGCUCAACUAUUAUUACACAACCACAAUUUUGGCUUCUUUCGCCUUGCUCGUUUCAGCUAAACAAUAUGUCGGCUUCCCAAUUCAAUGCUGGGUUCCCGCGACGUUUACUGAUGCUAUGGAACAGUACACAGAGAAUUACUGCUGGGUGCAGAAUACAUAUUGGGUCCCGAUGCAGGAGGAUAUCCCACGGGAAAUCUACUCGAGACGGAAUCGCCAAAUCGGUUACUACCAAUGGGUACCAUUCAUUUUGGCGAUUGAAGCAUUGCUCUUCUAUGUGCCCUGCAUUUUAUGGCGAGGACUCUUGUAUUGGCAUUCAGGCAUCAACCUGCAAGGACUUGUGCAAAUGGCGUGCGAUGCGCGUUUGAUGGAUCAAGAAGUGAAGAGUCGCACCGUUUACACAAUGGCAAGACAUAUGGAAGAUGAGUUGACACAAAUCGAGCGCUCGGCUCACUCGAGGACGUGCUUCUCGUCACUUCAAUUGGGCGCCAAUUGUGGCCGACAUUGUGGCUGUUAUGUGACAAUGCUUUACAUAGGCAUCAAGGUCUUGUAUUCUGCCAACGUUUUGCUCCAAUUCUUCCUCCUCAACCAUUUAUUAGGAUCCAACGAUUUAGCAUACGGCUUCAGUUUGUUAAAAGAUUUGAUGCAUGAGGUGGAAUGGGAGCAAACCGGAAUGUUCCCAAGGGUCACACUUUGUGAUUUCGAGGUGCGAGUCCUCGGCAACAUUCAUCGACACACCGUCCAAUGUGUUCUGAUGAUCAACAUGUUCAACGAGAAGAUAUUCUUGUUUUUGUGGUUUUGGUUCCUCACUGUCGGCAUAAUCACUGUUUGCAAUACAGUAUAUUGGAUGUUAAUUAUGUUUAUACCAAGCCAGGGAAUGUCUUUCAUUAGGAAAUACCUUCGAGUGCUCGCUGAUCAUCCAGCGAAACCGGUAGCUGAUGACGUAACGCUGAGGAAAUUCACGAAUAAUUUCUUGCGAAAAGAUGGAGUCUUUAUGCUUAGAAUGAUCAGUACACACGCUGGCGAGUUAAUGAGCAGCGAGUUGAUCUUGGCAUUUUCUGGGACGCCGAACAUGCGCAAUCAGCGAUUGAUUAGUGCCGUUCAAGUGAUGUUUGUGUCUCUGAAUCGUGUUCCUCCUCUC